CACACACACACACACUGCUGAAGACUGGAGCUCCUAGCAGGCAGGCAGGCAGGCAGGCGCGCCCGAGCUGUCCCUCAUCUUCGCUGAGACGAUGGAUGUACGUUUUGGAGUUAAUAUCAGAUCUUUAGCACCUGUAUCUUAGGUGUAACUUGAAGUCAUUUUGGAACGACAGCAACCUUUGGCAGACUAGGCAUGCUUAUUAGGAAAAUGUGUGUUUAAACAUUGACUGAAGUAUUGAGGUUUGGUGACCAACAUUUUUUUUUUUGCGAAGUUAUGACUUGACGUUGAUUGUUGACGAUAAGUGGAGCAAUAGGAGUGCAAUUCAUCUGUAAAUUCAUGCGCUCCCACGAAGCACGCAAUUAUGUUUUUGGUGUUUAGGCUUACUUUCUUCUUCGGGAGUUUGGCGCUCAUCGCUGUCUCUUCAGACACCAGGAUUCCUUAUAGGCAUGGAAAUUCUAGAGGAAUAGGGACGAAAACGGAAGAUAUCAGGAGAUCGGUACUGGAAUUAUCAAGGAACAGCCUGGCUAUCAAUGACACGUACAGAACAAGACUGUACUCCACAGGUGCGUCAUUUUCGAAUUCUGCGAGGACAUCCACCACAACUGAAAACAAAACUCACCCAACAAAACACAAUAGUUCUGAUUUUAUAUUGUCAAACCGGACUGAAAUUCCAAGUAAUCAUCAUGAAGAAUUUCUUGGGCAUCGAGUCAACAGCCAAACAGUGGAGCUGGAAGUGCCAGGAACCGACAGUACUCCAACAUCCAGACACAAGUACUUGGCGCAUCGCCUUAAGCGAAACCUCAGACUUAAAAGAGUUGGGGAAGACAGCGAGACAAAAGAUAUAAUUGAAAGCAGACAGAUGGACAAAUAUGGCAAAGAAACAUAUGUUGGAGAGGGGCCUUUAGCAACAUCUGAUAUCAUGUUGGAAUCUUUACCGAAACCCAUGGCACAGAAUUCCACAGAUUAUCCUUUCGAUUUCACCAGAAAUGACGGGUUGUUAACUGUGGCAGAAGAUGAUUUCGGCGAGAUCACCCCUUUGAUACCACUAAUUACACGAGCGAAGGAUAAUGAAGUCAAAAAUCCCUUUUACCCUGUAACAUCUGAAACGUAUGGAGCAUAUGUGAUUUUGAUCAUUUCAGUUAUCAUUUUUUCCAUUGGAAUUCUCGGGAACCUUACAAUUAUGUGCAUCGUGUGUCACAACUAUUACAUGCGAAGCAUCUCCAAUUCCCUCCUCGCCAAUCUUGCUUUGUGGGAUUUUAUUAUCAUAUUUUUCUGCCUGCCUUUGGUCAUUUUCCACGAAUUGACAAAGGAUUGGCUGCUUGGAGAAUUCUCUUGUAAGAUUAUACCAUAUAUUGAGGUGGCUUCUCUAGGCGUGACCACCUUCACCCUCUGUGCGCUGUGCAUCGACCGCUUCCGCGCCGCCACCAACGUGCAGCUGUACUACGAGAUGAUCGAGAACUGCACGUCCACGGCGGCCAAGCUGGCUGUCAUCUGGGUAGGAGCUCUGCUGCUGGCGCUCCCCGAGCUGCUGAUCCGCCAGCUGGUCCGUGAGGAGCGGGAGCCCCCCGAGGUCACGCCCUGCGAGCGCUGCGUGGUGCGCAUCUCCACCGCCCUGCCCGACACCCUCUACGUGCUGGGCCUCACCUACGACAGCGCCCGCCUCUGGUGGUACUUCGGCUGCUACUUCUGCCUGCCCACGCUCUUCACCAUCUGCUGCUCGCUGGCCACGGCGCAGAAGAUCCGGCAGGCAGAGCAGGCAGAGCGGGCCAACGUGCGCGCCAACCGCAAGCAGAUCCAGCUGGAGGGCCAGAUGAACUGCACCGUGGUGGCCCUGGCUAUCGUCUACGGCUUCUGCAUCAUCCCCGAGAACAUCUGCAACAUCGUGUCCGUGUACAUGGCAGCCGGCGUGCCCCGCCGCACGCUGGACAUCCUGCACCUGGUGAGCCAGCUGCUGCUCUUCUGCAAGUCCGCGGUGACGCCGGUGCUGCUGCUGGUCCUGUGCCGGCCCUUCAGCCGCGCCUUCAUGGACUGCUGCUGCUGCUGCUGCGAGGAGUGCGGUCCGGCCCGCCCCGCCAACGCCACCGGCGCCAGCGACGAGCACGAGCACGAGUGCACCACGGAGCUGGAGCUCUCGCCCUUCAGCACCAUCCAGCGCCGCGAGGUGUCCUCCUCCUCCUCCGCCUACACACCUGUGGGGACGCACUGCUGAGCAGCCUGGGUGUGUGUGUGUGUGUGUGUGUGUGUGUGUGUGUGUGUGUGUGUGUGUGUGUGCUCACUCACCGCCACACACACAGCAGGGUUUAGAAAGGGCUCCAAAGGGGCCAGCAUCAACCAUCGAAUGUGUGGGGCCUUUUAAGAAUCCAUAGUGUAAAAGGAGAAAGAUGUUUGGUGAAGCGUAGAUUCCCGUUGGUGAUAUGUGUGAGAUGAAACACGUGUUAAGUAGAACUAAAGCUGUGGGAUGUAAACUUUGAUACUACAGUGUUGGCACUUUUGGCACAGAGUAUCAGUCAGUCUGCUUUGUACAAAAACUGGUAAUAUAAAUAUAGGAAGCACAAUGUUUAUAGAAUGACCUGCUAUUUGCCAUCAAGUCCUGUACUGUCAAGAAAUGGCACUGUAUGCACUGAUUGUAGAGAAGAACAAGCUGUGAAUGCGCACGUGUGUGUGUGCUCACUGUCAACCUGUACAUAUCUUGAGACUUGUAGUGUCAUGUAGUGUCACUAAGGUCAUCACGCCAUAGACGCUUUACUUCAGGGCAAGUGUCCGUACAAUGUACGUGAGCUGCCUUUGCUGUUUACAGAAGGUAAAUGUCUACGUAGGGAAUAGGUGAUUUUUGAAGUUGAUAGAACAGAAUGAUUAAUUCACCAUUUUUAAUUAUUAUUUGCACUGUCCUCUUAGCCCAGCUUUCACUUGAGAUAUGAGGGUUGUUACAUGAGAAGGAAAAGUAAUAUAUAUAUAUAUUAAGAAUGGUUCUAGUAGGUUUUUGGAUAAUGAUGAUUCUUGUGAAUCAGUUAAACCUGUGCCUAGUUCCCUUACUAUGUGAGCAUUACGAGUCCGUAUGUGUUAGCAGAGAACUGUUCCGCCCCGGUCCGCUGCUCAAGGGGGUUGUUUUUAGGUAAGAAUUGUCACUUUAGUAAAUAAAAAACAAAAAGCUCUGA